GUAGACUCUCCAUACAACAUUACCUACAUAUUUUUUUGUACCACACAAUGAGUAUAAGCAAAUCCAGGCGGAGCACCCGACGGACUCGAAGAUCCAUAGCUUCCGGGGUCGAUCUCCUGGGCCCCUAUAUCUACUGCGUCAACUUCUACGACAAUGGGUUAAAGGCGGUGCGUGAUGAGUUCGUGAAGCGGGUGAUAAGCGGCACUCGUCGGGCCGUAUUCGUCAUCAACUUGGAUAACGAAAUUUUGGAGGCCAACUUACGGUUUGAGCGAAAGUCGAGGGUCAAUAAAGGUGGAGGUUCCCUAGAUUUUAGGGCGUUAGAUCCGGUUAACAUUGCGCUGCAAUGCAUUGAAAACUGCGUCGAAGAGUUUGAUAAAAUAACCAAGAAGAUCGAGUCCGAGUCAAACUUUGAUCUUCACGCCUAUUGGCAACGUAAUAUUCCCGCUCAGCUCAAGAAUCUAGUGCCCAAGAAAAAGGCUGGUGCAGAGACCAAGCGAGGUGAGAAUACAGCCAGGCCCAAAACGGGCAAGACGUCCAGCGACAAGGUGCGCCUGGAGAAGAUCAAAUGCUCCUCCGUGACAGCCAAGGAGCACCACAAAGUUGGCAAGGGAGUGCCGGUGUCCAGGCGAGAGUACAUCAGAGACAAUCCGCUCUUUACAAAAAUGUUGAUCCUAAUAGUGGGUCAAAUGGACAACGAGUUCUAUAAGAGUCUGUUGGCCUACGAGCAACCGCUACGGGCAAUUAUUCACUUUAUGCCCGAGGAGAGUGCCUACGAUCAGCUGGUGCCUCGUCCUCGGCGGGAACAGCAGCUCCAGGAGGCACUGGCCAACAUCCAGAAGGACAUCCACUCCCUGCGCAAGAGGACGCCCUCGAAGCCGGUGGGCAUUUUCCAGCAUAAGCUGCCUCAGAUGUCCGCCUGCAUGGCGGCCAAGUUCACCGACGAUGUCUUCGACCAGCUGAGCUGGUACAUGUACGAUGUGGAAACCCUGCGCGAGUGGUACCGCAUGUUCUACGUGGAGCCUUACCGGGAGACGAAUGUUAAGAUGGAUCCCGCGCUGUCGCUGCUGGAAUCAUUCCACAUCGUCGAGUCGCUGAGCAUCCAAGGGCAUUAUAUCAAGACCCAAAUGCCAGUGUCGCGGAACGAUGAUAGCACUGUCUAUUUGUACAUGGAAUCGCUCAUGACCACCUUUGGCAAUCCCAGGGAACUGAUGACCGAGACGGAGGUUCUGCUCCUGGCCAAUCCCACGCCAUCGGUUCAAACUCGAGUCCUGGACAAGGUGAAGGUGUAUGCGAACUCAUUCAAGAGCAUCGUUAAGCUGAACAAGAACGAUCGCAUUUUUGUGGAGCAGGCUAAUGGGCUGCUGUCUAACCUAAUGUCCUACAUGGACCAAUCCCUGAUGCGAAACGUCUACCACGGCUGUCUGGAGUACAACCUAUUGCGGCGAUACUUCACUUCCGGUUAUAUCAACCACUCAUUGGCUUGUCAGCCGUACAAUGGCGAACUGGAACCGAUCUAUCUGCCCAAGUUUGCCGAGCUCUAUCUCACGGAUGACUCGGUGAUGCAACGCGUCAUUCAGCUGGUCAAGGAGUACGAUGACUUUAGCGUUGAGGAGGUGCAGCCCAAUGUCCAUCUCUACACUUUCCGUCGGUCCCUAAACGAGGUCUUCGAGCAGGAGAAUCAAACGGUCAUACCCACACGUCUUUGCUUCAGGGACUUUACCCUUUACGAAAUGGAAGCUUUUCUCGACGACUUGGUCACCCCGCAAAAGUUCAGUGAGAUCACUGAAAGUUAUUUAUCACACGAGACCCAGAGCACCGAGAUGAUUUUGGGACACGACCCGUUAAUGGUCAAGUGCAAUGAGGACAACGGUCGUGUGGCCAUUGAUCCCAAUGUCUUUAUCAGAAAAAAGUCGAUUAAGGGGAAGUUGGCUAGUAACAAGGAAAAGAAGGAACAGGCAGAAACCCGGCCUGUCAGUCGCAAAGAGUCAACUAUUGGAGAGCUUAUGAUGCCAUCGCGAAUCACUAGGCACUCUGGAAAGGCAACGGCAAGCGAAACACAUGGUUCCGUUUUACAACCAAAAGAAUCUACAGUCGACACGAAGCAAGGAUCACAUUUUUCCGUGGGACUAGGUCGAGGUCAUCCCAUGCUAGACGGCUAUAAUUUGGACGACACCCGGCAGACAAUCAAGUCCAAGACCUCCAAGUACUUCUUUGAAGAGGGCAGGAUGAUGCUCUAUGAGGAGAGAUGGAACUUCCGCCAGAUGAACAAGUGUCUUGCCCUCGAGAUUGGUGGCCAGGAGGUGCACUUCCGGAGUGCCGACGAGCCCUUGGGAGCCACUACAGCAGAUGCCAAUGUGAGGAUCGUAUCGAAGAACGGCAUUAGUCUCCGGGUGAUGGCCAGGAAGAUCGAAUGCGCCAAGGCGGUGCUGAACUUUCCCAACGGACUGAGCACUUAUUGCCAUGACACCCACACGGAACACCUGUGGCAAUACCAGGAUAACGAACUGGAUGAGAGUCGGCGUGUCUGCACACCCUAUGGCUGUGUGAUAGUCUUCUACCAAAGCACCGACACCAUUUUGAUUAUGCGAUACAAUGGGGAGGUGUACCAUCUGUACAGCUUUACGGAGGCCGACAACGAGGAGGAGGAGGACCUAAACUCUGAGUUCAUCAAUGCCUGCUCCACGCAGUCCGCCUACUCCAGUUACCAGCCCAUUCGAGAGCCCAAAAAUAAGAAGGAGAGAAGCCGCGACGGUUCGACCCAAAAGAAUUUGAUCAACCGCAGUGAGGGUGGAAGGGAUACCGUUCUGCGGCCAUCAACUCAGAGUGUCGGCUCCAAGAUAACCCAGAAGAGCCUGGGCUCCAAGGGAUCGAAUUUGGGUAAGCGGAGGAGCCGGCAGCUCAAGGAACAACAGGCGGCCGCUCUAUUCGAAAGCAUCAAGUUCGAGCUAACCUAUCUCAACUUUAUCAUGGCUCUGUAUAAGCUAAGCUAUCGACACCUGAAGUUGAUCACCUCGCUGGGAAGCGUGGUCCAUGUGCAGCGUGAUGGUAAGAUCUGGUGCGGUAAACCCUACCGGAACACCGAGUGGCAUGACUAUUUCGCCAACGAGUCCUAUUCGAUGCGAGACGAUGGUGUCAAGAUGAUCUGGACGGUGGGAGAGUUAAGGUGUUAUCACCACGACGGAACCGUCAUCAAUUCCGGAACCAUCGACGGCUGGGACCCCGGCACGGAUGUCGAUGAAUUCGACAUUGAAAUCAGUUCAAGCAGCUCUCACGCCAAUGCAGUCACAAGCCAACUGUUGCGAAAGGAGACCAUUUUUAUCAAUGCUCCGGAUGGUUUGCCAUUUACAGAAGUCAGUCUGCACUCUUCAUUAAAUGGGGAAUCUAGAAGUUUAAGCCAUAGAAGUAAACCUUUAUCUAACAAGAGCGAUAUCAUGCCUGAGGAAGAGGAGGGGGAGAUUUUCUUUGAAAAAAGCUACAUAACUUACAGGCCAAACAGUUUCUUUAUAAACCACAAAGUCUAUGCCGGUAUCCACUUUUUGUUCAGCCACAUCACCGAUGUGGAUCUAAACCUUGAGACCUCGAUCUUCACCUGCGACAAUCUCAAUGUUCGGGUGUUUAAAGAUCGUGUAUCAACGGAAGCGCAGUACAAUAAUCCACCCAUGGAGACUCCAUCUUCUGAGGCCGAUUCUGAUGAGUGGACAAAGGCUAAAAUUCGAAAACCAUCCGAAAACCCCGAAACAGAUGCUCCUUCUGACGAAUCACCCUCCCCCACCAGUGGCGAAGAACAAAAGCCUGAAGGUUUUGAGCUGAUAGAAACCACAUGUGUGGAGGUUGAAUGCGACAACCUGGCUGUAGCUUUAUUUGAGGAUCGGGUCACUAUACAAACCCACCUGCGAAAGUUUGGAUGCGACGAAAACGCAAGGUGUGACCUACAAGUGCGUGACGAUAUCGAAUUAAAAGUACAUUUUGCCGAAAGUCUGUCAACAACUUUUCGAAAUUGGGUUGACGAGCUAACCAGUUUUAUCAAUUGCUUCUGUCCCAAGCGGCGCACCCUGUAUUUCCUGGAAACCCAGUACCCAUCGUGCCAAAAGAAAGGAUUUGAGUUGAUGAAAUCGGUGCCUUCUCUGGGAAAAUAUAAUUUCUGCUCUGGCAACUACUUUAUAGAUGUGAACGAGCUGACGUCGGUGAAUGCGCAAAUGAAAAACCAGUAUGAUUGGUUCGAAAAGGAUAUGCAGAAGUUUCCCCGCUUUCAACUUGUGAAGAAACCGCCUCCGCCAACCGAAUUUCCUAUGGUUCUGAACACCAGAAUAUAUGUGCAAUUACCUGCUCAACUUGCCAACACCGAUCGGAUCCACCAGUUUGUUAGCGCGUUCGACGCAAUCAAGUUUAGGAAGCAGCGGUUUCGCUUUACGGAGGCUAUUCUUUUUCACUUGCAUCCGCGUCUACGUCUCCUUGUUCAGAUGGAGAUUAGCAAGCGCAGUUGGAAGAGUCAUCACGCCGAGCAUCGUCGCCGGAUGUUCAUAGAGCAGCAGCGCCUUAGUCUCUACAUGGCCAUGCUGAAGCACAAGGUGUAUCCCAACUACUUCCAGUUCAGGGACCAGUUCAACUCGCAUGUCAGGAACAUCGAGUUCUUCGAGUUCAUGACAUCCAAGUGCAGCGAGAAGGCCCAUCCCGAGGAGAUUGUACUCGAUCCACCCGAGGAGGCAAGUCCGCCACAAUCAAGCAAAGCCAAAUUAAAGAAGAACAAAUGUGUCUGUCCCAAGUAUCUCAAAUCCCUAGAUUAGAGUCUAAACUUAAAAAAAACGAAU